GAAUCACGCCCGCCUGCUGGCCCGAGGCUCGACGUAUUGCUCGCUCCGUGCCCAUUCGCCCUCCGGCUCGGUCCCGCAAAACCUGUCCAAGCAAGCAUUGCCCACGCCCUGUGCUGCAUCACGCUCAUCAAGUCAUGCAGACGCCUUUGUGGUCUUUUCCCAGCAGCUGCCCUCGCAGUCGCUUGGCUUCUUCGACUCGCCCGCGCCCACGCUCCAAUUCCAUGUUGCCGGCCGCCAUCUUGUCAUCCACCAUUCCAAGGGCCUGCUGACCUCGGAUCGCAAGGCCGGAACAACAGGCGCAGGUGAGUGGAACUUGCCGUGGUCCGUACACGGGUCAGGGUCGUGCUUUGCCCCAGACGUUCGUCAUAUUGAUGCCAGUCUUGGCUUUCCUGAGCCACAGACAUGCGCUUGGAACACUCUCGACCAAGACGUGCAUUUAUCCAUUCCACAGCGUGCCUCUCAUCUCCGUCCUGGAUGGGUUUGCUGUUUUUGUAAAUAGCUCAGCUCCUAACACGCAUGCUUCAGCAAUCUGGAAAGUCACGCCUCUCUUCGCCAACUGGAUCGCCUCGCCAACCAACUUCCUUUUCACCACUUCUUUACUGUCGUCCUCCUCGACUGUGCUCGAGCUCGGCGCUGGCGUCUCCGGCAUCGUCGCCCUGUCCCUCGGUCCAAGUGUGGGCCACUAUAUAGCCACCGACCAAGCCUACGUGUUGAAACUUCUGCGCCAGAACAUUGCCGAGAAUCUCGAAACCGUCUUCCCCCCGCAGCGCAAGGCCAAAAACGCCAAGGGCGGCGGCGGUAAAAGAGGUGGAAAUGCCAGCGAUGCAGCCGGCUCCGGAGACCGCAUCACAACUCUGGAGCAAGAUUGGGAGACGGAUUCGGUAGCACAGCUCCCUCCCGUCGACCUCAUUGUAUCCUGCGAUUGUGUCUACAACGAAGCGCUCAUUGAGCCAUUGAAUUCCACUUGUGCUGCCAUAUGCAAACUGCGAGACGGUGAAGAAAAACCCACCCUGUGCCUCAUAGCACAGCAACUGCGCAGUCCAGAUGUGUUCGAGACGUGGCUGAAAAGCUUCCACGACAAGUUUUGGGUGUGGCAGCUUCCCGAUGCCAUGUUGGGCGAGGGCCUGCGAGAGGGAAGCGGCUUUGUCGUGCACCUGGGCAUAGUAAGAUGAACCUAGACGUAAGCAUGAGAGCAGUCAGCGCUGUGUUGAGAAUAAGCAUCUGCACAAUAUUCAACGCAAGACGUGAUGGCGUGACUAUGGAGCGACAGCAUUGUUGAGAAUACAGUCGGCAGAGACCCCCAUGUUACGAUGAAAUGAUGAUAGUCCUGAAGUGUCAGGCGGGGAGGAAAGAAGGCGUAAAGAAAAUCCAUAGACCAAGAAUAACCCAAA